AUGGAGGAUCAUCUUCAACAGCUUCAAAACAACAACAACAAUCAGUUCCGAAAAAACCUUUUCCAGUGCAAUAUUGCUAUAGACCUAAAAAAUGCACAAAACUUCGGUGAAGAAGCAGCUAAGCAGCAAAUGGUUUUUUUGGCAUCCAUCUUGGAAUCCUAUGAGAGCCUUGUUGCUGGAAAUAUUGGAAAUACUAACCUCACCAAGGAAGACUAUGAUCAAAUCGACCCUGAAGAGAUGGAGUUAAUUGACAUCAGGUGGUGUAUGGCUAGUGAAGUCAGAAGGGCUCAAAGAUUCAUGGAGAUAACAGCUGCUGAUGAAACGACAAACCCUUUCCGUGAGGAUUAUUACAAAAGAGCCAUCUAUCAUCAAAACAAAUCGGAACCUCCACGAAUGAAACAGAUAGAAGAAAAUCCCAAAGAAAAGUCGAGAGCAUUAGUUGUUAUCCAUGACGAUGAGGGAUACGAUUGGAGUGAUGUGCUGCCAGAAGAAGAUGCAGUGGGUUAUGCCUUUAUGGCAAAGAUCGUUCCUUUCAAGGAUACACGGACAGAGGAAGAAAAAUAUGUCAGCAGAAAGAGUUUAGCCCUAACCAUGAAAGACAGACAUUUUCGUGCAUGGAAAGAAGCUAAAAGCGCGAAGAGAUGGGACGCUGACAGAGAAUGUUAUUUGGAUCCUAAGGGAAAUAUACUUGUGGAACCAUCAACACUUCUAGUCGAGACUCUGAUCGAGCAAAUAGCAGAAGAGGAAGAAGCAAAUCAAAGAUUGUGUUGGGGAAGUGAUGAAGAAGAAGAAAAAGAAAAAGAGUUACAGUCGAAAAAGAUUGAUGAUGGGAUAAUCGACACGACGAAAGAAUUCACAGCAGAAAAUCUGAAGAAAAUGGCUGACAAAGUUCUUGCAGCGAAAGAGUUAGAGGUAGAGUCUAAGUCCAGAACUGAGUCAAAGAGCAAGGUCAGUUCUAAUGAUUCAACCAAUGAGUCAGGUAAGACUGAUGAAGCUAAAAGUGAAAGUGACUGCAAAAAUUGCAUGAAAAACUGCAAGGUUUGUAGCACACUUGCUUACCUCAGUGGUAAAAAGACUGAAGAGCUGACAGAAAGAGUCAGAGAAGUUGAAAAGCAGAUCUUAAGUCGUGAUAAGUUGGUAAAGGCUUCAAAUGACAGAUUAAAAGAAUUAACUGAUACACUUGAAAAAGAUAAAAUUGACGUAGAACGAAUCAAGAAAGAAAAUGAAAAAUUAGUUCAUGAAAAUCGUCAACUUUCAGAAAAUUAUGAGAAGCUAAAAAGAACAACAAAAGAUUCUGAUGAAAGAAAUGAUAAAACAGUCAAAGAAAAUUUUCAACUAACAGGAGUACUUCAGUCAAAAGAAAAGCAAAUCAACCAACAGUUGGAUGAGAUUGCUAAUCUGAAGCUUCAGUUUCAGGAAGCUAAGAUUGAGAAUGAAUGCAUCAAUGUGAAACUCAAUAGUUACAACUCCGCAAGUUUUGUUCUUCAACAUAUCGUUCCUAAACCAAUUGGGAAGAACAAAGCAGGCGAAAAUGUUUACUCGGAUGGAACUGGGUUUGGGUAUCAUCAGAAUCCCGGUGACUCAUGGCGAUUCAACUAUGACACUCUGUGGGAUUCGUUUGUCAUGGAGGAAGAACUAGAGUUUUUUUAUGAGUUAGAUAUUCUAAGAGAGUAUGAAUCAUCACAGGAAAGGUUUCCAGCUGAGUCUUCAAGGCGUCAAUGGCAAACUUCAAAUGAUAAUGAAGCCGGUCCAAGCAAUGCUAGAGAACAUGAUGAUAUUCAGCAAUCUUCAGAACGUGAACAUGCUCCUGAUAAUUAG